GUCAAUAAUUUAGAAGAAUGCCACUGUGCGCUACUGUCCCCACGUGCGCACUUUAGCACGACAAACCAAUCCUUGGUCCCCGUACUCAGUCUCAGAUCACACCGCGUCAAUAGCUCGCGUUUUUAAAUACUUCGCUUCUCCCCCAUUUUUAAGAUUUCUUUCUUCUCUGUCUAGUCCCUCAAAUUCCUAAUUUUCAGCCCAUUUAAAUAAAUAAAUUGUAUAUGUGCAGAACCAAAAUGGCUGUCAACGCGUCAGCCCCUGACCCAGUCCGACCCGCCAGAACUCGCCCCAGUCAGUCUCCGCGCACUCCAUCAACGCCGAGAUUACCAACUUUCCCCACCAGCUCCACCUCCUCCUCCUCCUCCAGCGCCGCUUUAGGUCCCUCAACCUCCAAUACGUCCAGUGCGCAUUACACAUCUACUUCAUCGUCAGCGUACAGUCGAACCUCCCUCUCUAGUCUCCGUGAAUCGAUUUCUAAGAGCCCUAACAUCUAUGACAUAUCUGAAAUUCGGGCCGCCACCAAUAACUUCCUCGCCAAACGCUACUCCACUUCCUCCACUGCAUGCUGGCGCUGCAAUCUUCGGAACACCGAGACAAUCGUCUUCCAGCGCAAGUUUCGCCGGAAAAUGGAAAUGCCACAACUCAGAGAACGCCUUGCAGUUAUUUGCCGGAGCAACCAUACAAGCGUAAUCAAGUUGUUAGGCGUUUCGAUAUCAGGAGACCAUAUUUACCUCGUCUACGAGUUCAUCACCGGCGCUAAUCUCGCCGAUUGUUUAAGAAACGCUAGGAAUCCGAAUUUCACGGUCCUCUCCUCUUGGAAUUCGCGAAUGCAGGUCGCCGCCGAUCUAGCUGACGGACUUGAUUAUAUCCAUCACAAGACAGGCUUAAACAUAACCCUAGUACAUAACCAUAUCAAAAGCAGUGGAAUUAUCAUUACAGAGCCACAUUUCAAUGCCAAAAUCUGUCAUUUUGGUACUGCACAAUUGUGCGGAGAAGCAUAUGAGACCGAGAAUCGAGAAAAGAAGAGCAUAAACGAAAUUGAAGAAGAAGAAGAUAGAUCGAAGGAGUUAAAGAGAUCUAACAGUGGAGUUAUGCAAUUCGAAGGAGUGAGAGGCUACAUGUCGCCGGAAUUUCAAGCUAGUGGAAUCGCGACGCAAGAAUCCGAUGUGUACGCUUUCGGUAUAGUGAUAUUAGAGUUAUUAUCCGGUGAGGAGCCACUGAAAUACAAGUACGAUAAGAGUAGAGGUGAUUUUAUACGAACUUCAUUGAUAGAUAGAGCGGUGGCGGUGAUCGACGGGGGCGAUGGUGGUGGUGAAGGAAGAGAAGGGAGAAUAAGGAGGUGGAUUGAUAGGAGGCUGAAGGAUUCGUUUCCAGUUGACGUGGCGCAGAAACUGACACGCCUGGCAAUACAGUGUACACACGUGGAUCCAGCUAAACGGCCGGAUAUGGGACGCGUGGCAGGGAAGAUUUCUAAAUUGUAUUUGGCUUCAAAAACUUGGUCUGAAAGUAUAAAAACUGUAUCCGACCAGAUUUCGGUGUCAUUGGCACCUAGAUGAAUUAGGUGGCUUUAAUUUUUUAUUAUUUGUUUUUUAAAAAUUUUAAUUAAGAUAUGUUUAUGAUUGUGACACAAGUGAAUAUCUUAAGAAAAGAAUAUUAAA